AUGUCUCCUCCUACAACAGCAAAAACUGCUGCUGCUUCAACUGCAGCAGCAGCAGCAGCAAAGCAGCGGGGCCCCCGAGGGGGGCCCCCAGGUAUAUCACCAAAAGGGAGGAAGCACGAAGGAGCAGACGAAGAUCAAACCCCUGCAGAAGCAGCAGCAGCAGCAGCAAUUGAUGAUAUUAUUGCAGCAGGUGCUGCGCUGCUACAUAAAAGAGCAGCAGAUAGACAGUGCUUUGGUCUUGCUGCUGCAGCAACAACCAGGUGUCUCCUUGAUAUCCUUCGUCUCUCUAACCUCACCAUAGACCCAGGAGACCCACCCUGCUGCACCCAAACGCAGAAAGGGGGCCCCCAAGGGGCCCCCCAAGGGGCCCCCCAAGGGGCCCUUCACAGGGGCCCCCUAUACGACCCCCAAUCAGGGGCCCCCACAGGGGCCCCCCAAACAGGGGCCCCCCAAUCAGGGGCCCCCCAAACAGGGGCCCCCCAAACAGGGGCCCCCCAAACAGGGGCCCCCCAAGGUGAGGCCCCCAAAGAAGGAACCUCCCAAGGGUAUCUCCCUAGGGGCCCCUCAAGGGGCCCCCAAAGGCCUUACGAAGCAGGGGGCCCCCUUAGGGAUCGUGAAGCAGGGGGUCCCCAAGGGGGCCCUCAAGGGGGCCCUCAAGGGGGCCCCCAAGGGGGCCCUCAAGGGUGUGUGUUUGAUAUACCCCCUAUGCCUCGCCCAGGGAAGCAAGACAGCUGGGCCCCCGGUUGCUGCGGUAUAAAGCCGUUAACACCAGAGCUGCAGCAGAUGCUGCUAGCAGCAGAUAAAGAGAGAGAAGAAGCAGCAGCAAGAAGGGGGGCGUUGCUGCGGAAGCGGGGUGCAACGCCGCUGAUAGCAGCAGCAACAGCAGCAACGCAGCGAGCAUCAGCAGCAACAGCAGCAGCAGCAGUAGCAGCAGCAACAGCAGCACCUGCGGCUACUGCUGCUGCUGCUGCUGCUGCGAGGCGUGCUGCAGCACAAGGGACAAAGAGACCGCUGAGAGCUGCAGCAGCAAAACAAACAGCAGCACCAUCCUAA